CUGCCUGCUGCUGCUGGACGUCCGGCCAAGCCACCCGCCUGGAGGGGCCGUGCGGGUUUGGCGUUUGAACUGAAGGUCUCUGGUUUCUGGACUGGGGAGACGGCAAUGGAGACGGCAGAGCCUGUGGUCCUUGACUCCCAAGGAGACCAAAGAUGUAAUGCCAGACCAGAUACAGACUAUCCCCUUCGGGUGCUGUACUGUGGAGUCUGUUCCUUGCCAACAGAGUAUUGUGAAUACAUGCCUGACAUGGCAAAAUGCAGGCAGUGGCUAGAGAAGAAUUUCCCAAAGGAAUUUGCGAAGCUUACUGUAGAAAACUGCCCUAAACAAGAAUCUGGCAUCGGAGAAGGCCAAGGAACGAUCGGUGAAGAGGAAGAAAAGAAAAAACAAAAGAGAGGUGGAAGGGGUCAGAUAAAACAGAAGAAAAAAACGGUGCCUCAGAAAGUGACGAUAGCAAAAAUCCCCCGAGCGAAGAAAAAAUACGUCACACGAGUAUGCGGUCUUGCGACUUUUGAAAUAGAUCUUAAGGAGGCACAAAGGUUCUUUGCUCAAAAGUUUUCCUGUGGUGCCUCCGUCACCGGAGAAGAUGAAAUCAUUAUUCAGGGAGAUUUCACAGAUGAUAUCAUCGAAGUGAUUCAGGAAAAAUGGCCCGAGGUGGAUGAUGACAGUAUCGAAGAUCUAGGAGAAGUAAAGAAGUGAAGUUGCUUUGGAAAACAAGUUCCUGCCUUUUGUGGACAAACCCCUGGUUCUAGCCAAUAUAGUCCAAGUGGGACUUUCCUCCUGUCAGACCUGUUGAAGAGGCAUGUUCCCUUGGUGGCAUUUUUACUGUUGUCUAUUUGCUGCUUUUUAUUUUUUUUGUCUGUGAUACAUUUUUUUUUUUGCCAAAGUUUAAACUUGGGGAAAGAGAGAGUAUCAUGCUUUGGCUGGAAAUAGAGAUUUAAUCGAAUAAAGAAGUUACUGUUC